AUGCACAUCACAGAAGUUAGAGAAUUGGAUAACGUCGAGCUCUACCGGGAGUUGUCCCAACAGGAGCGAGCGUUGAUGAAUCUACGUUUUCAGAAGACAACGCGCCAAUUGACGAACACCAAUGCGUUGCGAGACACACGUCGAACGAUCGCACGUAUUCAUACCGUCCUUAAAGAGCGACAGAUCGUAAGAGACUUGGGCUUGGACGAGAGUUCGUCAUAA